UUCCCUUCAUAGUGUUCCAGUUGCACAAAUGGGCAACUAUCAGGAAUAUCUAAAGACAUUGCCUUCUCCACUUCGAGAGAUUGAUCCAGAUCAACCCAAAAGACUGCAUACUUUUGGCAAUCCAUUUAAACAAGAUAAGAAGGGAAUGAUGAUUGAUGAAGCAGAUGAGUUUGUAACAGGGCCACAAAACAAAGUGAAACGUCCUGGAGAACCCAGCAACCCUCUGUCAUCUAAGAGAAGGCGGAGUAUGUCCCCGCUGUCAAGGAAACCACAAACACCACCUACUGUAACUAACCAUGUGGGCGGAAAGGGACCAUCCUCAGCCUUGUGGUUCCCAUCUUAUCCAAACCUCAUAAAACCCACUCUUGUACAUACAGAUGCUACUGUGAUUCACGAUGUCCAUGAGGAGAAGAUGGAAAAUGGCCAAAUCCCACCUGAUGGCUUCUUGUCAAAAUCUGCUGCACCAGAGCUUAUGAAUAUGACAGGAGAUGGUGUUCCACCCAACCAGUUGGAUUCUCUGUCUGAUGACUUUACUAGUCUAAGGAAAGAUGGCCUGAUUAACAAACCUGGAAGUAAUGCACUUGUUGAAGGAACCAAAAACUGCAGUGUCCCUGCAGAUGAUCGAAAUGUCUCAGUAAUCUCUUUUGGAACUGUGUCAAAUACAUUGCAAAUAACGCCUGCUAUGGCACAAGGAAUAAAUGCUGAUAUAAAACAUCAGUUAAUGAAGGAAGUUCGAAAAUUUGGACGAAAGUAUGAAAGAAUUUUCAUUUUGCUCGAAGGAGUGCAAGGACCUCUUGCGGUCAAGAAACAAUUUGUUGAAUUCACCAUCAAGGAAGCUGCAAGGUUUAAAAGACGAGUCUUAAUCCAGUACCUUGAGAAGGUACUAGAAAAAAUAGAUUCCUACCACCUUCUCAACAGCGUUAAUCACAUCAACAGCAGAUCAUCAUGUUAAUGCAAAGACCAAGGAGAAAAAAAAGGACAAGUUUUCUGUGCUUCAGGAUGGAACAGGAUACUGUUGAAGCUUCCUAGAAUGUUGUAGCCAAGGGAAUUGCUUUCCAGAAGCUAAGCAAAAGCAGUGGAAAUUUUUUAUGUUAUGAUUCCCUGGCUGUAAAACCUGGCUUUUGCCCUAAGAAUUUUCUCUGAAAGUAUCAAUUUGUUUUCUUUUUUCUUUUGCCAAUUGAGGAAGGUUAUGCUAUUAAUGCAGCAGGUUAAAUUCAGUAAACCCUGUUGCCCCUGCCACAAGUGAUAAGGGUUCAGUCAUCUGGGCAAUUCCAGAGUGACUAGGGCCCACCUGCAAGUGGAGUACUACUUGGUGCUCUUACUAUGUCCUUUAGAAAGAAUAGAUGUUCAGAAUCCAACUGGUAAUCUUGUGUGUGCUGAACAAUGUUUUCAACAAUUUCCAGCUGUGCCUUUUAAACCAUGACAUAUUCAGGACAGUUUGAAUCAAAGAGUAAGAAAGCUGCUAUUCAGGUAACUUAUUUCUCUGUAGGAGGGGGACAGGGAGAGUCACCAAACAAUCUACCUCCAACUCUCUUCUAUUUUGUCUAGAGACAUUAUGAAGUGCACCUGAGGCUGCUCCAACCCCUGACAUUUGUUCUUGCAUGUGAUGACAGAAAGCCUUCAGGUGGACUUGUACAUUUUGUGCUUUGAAAGCACUAAAGGAAAAAAUGAUGUAUAUAUUUCCUUUAAUGUUUAUACAAAGGUUUAUAUGGAGCAGUAUUGUUAUGUUUGUAUUAAUUUGCAAAAAUUAUGCCUACAAAGAGAUUUUGACUUUGAAUAUAUGAAAUAAAUCAUUUUAUUGAUUUUCACAAGUUUAUUAAUGCUA